UUCCUUCCUUCCUUCCUCCCUUCUCUUAACCAUCUUUUGCCAUCUCUCGGAGCCUGACUGGUCCUCGCGGAUAAAUGAGGAAUCACGAUGUUCACCAGCAUCACCGACGGGCUCCUGUGUUGCCUGAUGGGCAAGACCCCCAACGCAGUGGGUCCCCUGGAGAGCGUCGAGUCCAGCGACGGGUUUAGCUUCGUGGAGGUGAAGCCCGGCCGGGUCCUGCGGGUCAAGCACCUGGCCCCCACCCACCCGCCGGGGGCCGAGGACGCGCCCCAGACGGCGGGCGUCGUGCGCUGCAAGCGCCGCAUCACCGUCUACCGCAACGGGCAGAUGGUCAUCGAGAACCUGGGCGACGCCGUCCGCUCCGACAUCCUCCAGUGCCAGAACGGCUCCGAACCCAACGGCACGAUGGAGCUGGAGGUCUCGGACGCGGCCGGAACCGGCGCGGCCACCCCCUCGGCCAACCCCCCCGCCCCCGGCCCUGCCAAGCGGCGCCGGCGCAAACCGAAGAGGGUGGUCAACGUCGACUGCACCAAGUUCAUCACCAGCUGCAAGGGCACCCACGGUGACGUUGUCCUCUUCUUCAUCCACGGCGUGGGGGGCUCUUUGGACAUCUGGAAAGAGCAGCUGGACUUCUUCUCCAAGCUGGGCUACGAGGUGGUGGCCCCCGACCUGGCCGGCCACGGGUGCAGCUCGGCCCCACAAAUCGCCGCCGCCUACACUUUUUACGCCCUGGCCGAAGACAUGCGGGCCGUCUUCAAGCGCUACGCUCGGAAGAGGAACAUCCUCAUCGGUCACUCCUACGGAGUCUCCUUCUGCACCUUCCUGGCGCACGAAUACCCGGAUCUGGUCCACAAGGUGAUAAUGAUCAAUGGCGGGGGGCCCACGGCCUUGGAGCCCAGCCUCUGCUCCAUCUUCAACAUGCCCACGUGCGUCCUGCGUUGCCUCUCCCCGUGCCUGGCCUGGAGCUUCCUCAAGGCUGGCUUUGCACGCCAAGGCGCCAAGGAGAAGCAGCUGCUGAAGGAAGGAAAUGCCUUCAACGUCUCGUCCUUCGUCCUGAGAGCAAUGAUGAGCGGCCAGUACUGGCCGGAGGGGGAUGAGGUCUACCACGCUGAGCUGACGGUGCCUGUCCUCCUUGUUCACGGCAUGCACGACAAAUUCGUCCCUGUGGAGGAGGACCAGCGGAUGGCUGAGAUCCUGCUCAUCGCUUUCCUGAAGGUGAUUGACGAAGGCAGCCACAUGGUCAUGAUGGAGUGCCCGGAAACGGUGAACACCCUUCUGCACGAGUUCCUGUUAUGGGAGCCGGAGGCUGUCCCAGCCGCGGAUGGAACAGAAGCAGAGAAGAAAUAAGAAAUAAAAAAAAAACCCUUAACAGCUA